AAUAUAACAGGAGAGUUAAGGAAAAUGUUUCCUGUUGACCUUCCGCCUGUGGAUGAAACUGACCUGAGAUUAGCUUCUGAACAAUAUCUUUUGUUGCUGGAGUCCCAACCUAAAGGUGAUGACUGGUUUCAGUCAACCAAAACCUCAAAGUUGGAAAUAACAGCAAGGAACAUUAAAUGGCUGGAAGUGUUUGAAGACAACCAAACUAGAUGUUCAAUAUUGGCACUUCAUCCAUCUGAUGAUCCAACUCAAGUGUUGGCCUUAUACUUGCAUGGAAGUUGGUGGUGUGUGAGUGACGUUAUGCGGACAUCCUGCAAAUCAAGAACAGGCUUGCUUCCAGUGCAGUCAUUUAUGGAAAGGCUCAUUAUGUUCCUGCUGAGUCAGGUUGUGGAGAAGACCUCAGAGGAGGAAGGACUGUUCUCGCUGCACCCUCGUACAGAGAGCGCCAAAUUGCUGUGGCGAGAUGGCCAAGCAGUAGGCUUCUACACUGUCAAGCACAAAGGCACUCUGUGUGACAGCUGGAGCAUCCGCUGCUACCUGCUGCCUGUCUUGGACACUGUGCUGGUGAGAAAAAGUUGGAGGAGGAAAGGACUUGGACUUAAAAUGCUGGUUGACUUCUGCUCAUCCUUUCCCAGCGAGGAGGUGCUGGGUAUCAGUGUGCCACUUUCAGCUAGCAUGGUAGCAGUGUGUAGGCACUUCCUGCAGCUAAAUGAAGAUCAAAGAGACCGUCUGUAUGAAGUUGAAGCUCCGGGGGAUUGGACUCAACGGCGAAAUAUCUGGCUCAACAUCCAACUCUCCCGCUAUUAG